AUGGGGGCUGUGACUCCUGUCAAGUACCAAGGGGAAUGCGGUUCUGGCUGGGCGUUCGCAGCAGUUGCAGCUGUAGAAGGGCUUAACAAACUCAAAACAGGGAAUUUAGUUUCGCUAUCGGAGCAGGAGCUCGUUGAUUGUAACGUCGGUCUGGACAAUGAUGGUUGCCGUGGUGGUCACUUUGGUUAUGCCUUCCAAUACAUGAUUGAGCGCAACAGGAGCCUGGCACCUGAAGCUGAUUACACCUACCAGGGUGUAGAUGGAGGCAGUUGCAAGGCUGACGAUUACAACAAGACUGAUGCAUCUGGUGCCAUAACCAUAACUGACUUCGAAAAUGUGCCCGAAAAUGACGAAAAUGCUCUGUUGAAGGCUGUUGCCUACCAGCCGGUUUCCGUUGCCAUUGAUGCCAAUGCCGUUGAAUUCCAGCAAUAUUCUGGCGGUGUAUACGGUGGACCAUGUGGUACAGACUUAACCCAUGCUGUGACUAUUGUUGGAUACGGUACAAGUGAUGAUGGGGUUAAGUAUUGGCUGAUCAAGAAUUCUUGGGGAGAAGAUUGGGGGGAGAGGGGAUACAUGAGGUUGCAGAGAGACGUUCUUGCCAAGGAAGGACUCUGUGGCAUUGCUAGGGAAGCUUCUUAUCCAAUUGCGGCGUGA